GACUAAGUCCCUUCAACGACGGAUGAUUUCCAGGUACCCGGAAUCAAUGAAAUUUAGGACUCAAUACGAGUACCAUGUCCCAUCAGUGCUGAAUGUGACCCAAAGUCACAGCCAGGAUUGGUGUUCCUCGUAUAAACCUAUCACGUGCGCAGUCAACCAACUAUUGAAAGCAUGGGCAUCUAUUCUCGGAACAGAGCCGUGCCAAGCACAUCGAAACAUCCUAACACAUCAGCACUCUUGUCUCCGUGAACUUCUACCAUAUAUUUUGUCAACCUGUCUUGCCCUCAUCUUUACAUGCAUUCAAGAUGACACGGCUCUCGGCCCUUGUAGCGACCCUGUCGCUUGUUCAAGGAUCGCUGGCAGCCGUUGCGCCCGACAUCACCUGGAUCCAAGAAGGAUUCAACUGCAUCGCAAAGCUUCCAUGUGUCGGAUGCCCUUUUCUAGUUCAAGAUACUUCCAAAGGGGAGGUGGAACCACCAUGGACAGAGCGGAAGGACAAUAAUGCUUUGCUUCUUAACAUCUCUUUACCAUACGACAGCGCAUUUCUGUCUAUAAAUAAUCAGCCUAUCUACUCAAAUCCAACUUACAAGCUGCCGAUCAUCUACGCCAACCAAGUACUCUCCGACAUCUCAACUGAGGACCUGAACAACUUGAUCGCCACCAACCAACUUGAAGCCAGCCAUGAAUCCAACUUUGGAGGUGGAGGCUACUUCGGCCUUUCUUACCGCGCAUCCGUCCGCCACAUCUCUAAAUCAGCCGCUGUCCUCUACCAGUUCGACGUCGAGGAACUAUCCAACGGCCUCACCGAGAAGGACACGCAAUUUAAACUAAGCGACCGCAACCAGAAAAUGCUCGAAAUCAUUCUUCUCCAGAGACCCGUCUAUGCCGCCACCGAGCCGCCGACAUUCGAGAUCAUCAAAGCAGCUUUAGUCCCACGCUCCAACAACCCAGUCGCAUCCAAGGACCUGCAAAAGACCAUGGUGUUCAAAGACUGGGACAGCUUCGGCAAGAAGGGCACGACCGCGCAUCUCCUGACCUCAUGGGGCGACUCCUUCAUGCACUGGAUGGACUCGGGAGUCUGGGCUCUCUUCAUCUUCGUGUUCGCCGUCGUCGGCCUCUUCUGCGUCGUGUGUUUGCUAUGCGUUUUCGGCUGCGAUCUCUGGGCCACCGACGACUACGAGCAGGCGCAGCACGGCAAGGCUCGAGAUGAGAGGAGGAGGGGGAAGCAUGGAGAUGUCGAAUCCGGCAGGCCGCAGUUCAAGAGCGCGGAGGAACUGGGGUUAAUGGGUCGGAGCAAGGUCGUGGGAGUGGGGAAGAGAGAUUGACAUUUCUCAGUUCCAUGCUGUCUAUGAUGAUUUUUUCACGAUAAUAGGGAUCUAUAGGGUAUUCCGUUUCCGAAUUCCAAACGCCGAAAAUGCAAAUUAAUGUUACUUAUCAACACCGCCGCCUCUCAAUUUAUGCAUAUCCAUUCCGU